CUUUCCUGCAGGCCGGCUGGGAAAGCAUGGAGGUCCACGGUGAGCUUAGCGCCAGUCCCAGCUCUAGCUGUUCGUCGUCCACCCGGAACUGCUCAGGGGCCUCCGUGUCCAGCGAGCUGCUGACAGCGGGGAGCGGUGGCCGAGGAGGUAUAUGGGACCGGUUACUCAUCAACUCCAAGCCUAACUCCAGAGAGACCUCCACUCUUCAGACAGUUCGGAUAGAAAGGAGCCCGUUGUUAGACCAAGUUCAGAACUUUCUCCCCCAGAUGGCCCAGGCAAAUGAAAAACUACGGAAAGAAAUGGCUGCUGCUCCACCUGGUCGGUUCAAUAUCGAGAGUCUCGAUGGGACUCUCGGGAAAGUGAUACAGAUGGAUGUGGCCUUAUUUGAGAUGGAUCACUCAGAUUCAAAAGAAAUGGACAGUUCAGAGGAGAGUUCACAAGAGAGUUCAGAGGACAGUUCAGAAUCUGAGGAUGAAGAUGACAGCAUCUCGUCUGAAGUUACCAUAGAUAACAUUAAGCUUCCUAAUUCAGAAGGUGGAAAAGGCAAGAUUGAAGUGUUGGACAGUCCAGCAAGUAAAAAAAAGAAACAGUGAAGAAAUUGAUCUGAAAAGAAACAGGUGGUGUAUAUCUGCUAAUUCUGUGAAAAAGAGUGUGGUUCACUGGCUGUUUUACAUUUCUGAAGCUGAUAGUGUUCUUAUGUGUUGAAAGAAAAACUUUAGACGAAGUUAAUGGUUUAUUUGUACAAAGAACAGUUCAUGAAUGGGGUAGCUUUCAAAACGGAAAGGAAGAGGUUCAGAGAACUCCAGUCUAGUGAUGGCUGACACGAAAUAACAGAAAUGACUUGAUUUGUGACAGCGAGGCAUUUUUCUCAUUUGGACAUGUUUAAAAGGAAAACUUUUGCUGGGCUUGAUGGUACACACCAGUAAUCCCAGUGACUAGAGAGUCUGAGGCAGGAGGAUCACAAGUUCAAGGCCAGCCUCAGCAACUGAGCCCUAAGAAAUUUCGUAAGACCCUGUCUCAAUAAAUAGAUAAAUAAAUAAAAAGGGCUGAGGAUGUAGUUCAGUGGUAAAGCCCCUGGGUUCAAUCCCCGAUACCUUCCCCAAAUAAAAUAAAAGGAAAAUUUUAGAUAAAUUUAAUGGUUCAUUUGAGCAAAGAACAAUGCAUGAGUUGAGUAGUACUGAAAGUGGAAAGAGGUUCAAAAAGCUCUGCUCUGUAGUGAGGGCAGACGUGGAAAUAGAGCGCAGAAAUAACUUGAUUGGCUGCAGUGAGGCUUUUGCAUUAUUUGGACAAGUUCUAAAGCUCAGCUGUUUGUUUGGCUGAAACUGUUAUUUGUUGAAAGCCCUCCUCCUAAAUUAGAUUUCAGUUUAUUUCUGGGCUGAGGUAAUGUACUCAUUACAUAAGAUCUUAGAGUACUGGAGACAGCCUCAGGAUAGUGGCCUCUUGCUUAUUUAAUUUAGCAUAUGUGACAUCCGGUGUGUUUUGUUUCUCAGAGAGACCAAAGCUGGCCCUUGAAGAUUUGUGAUAUAUAACAUUUCUGCAUUUUCCAAUGCUACACUGAGAUUUUAUCUUGUACUAAAGAGAUUUGGUGUUUGGAAAGCUUAACUUUGUGUAUGAUGAUGAUUGACAUCUUUCUUCAGUAUGGGUUUCUAGAAAUAACAGAUUUAUUUUAAAGUAAAAAUACAAAUUGUCAGUUUGUUUCUAUUUUAAGUUACCUCAUGGAUAAAACAACCCAGGUUUUCUGUAGGUCACCCUGGUGUUAUAGUUGAUGCUGCUGCUGAGUGGCCAUCAUUGUCCCUCUCCCAACUCACAUUGAGGCCGUGGGACCAAAAAAGACAAGCCUCUUUUUCUCAAGUGACUUGGGUCAAAUCUUCUAGUUGUUGAAGGUACUGCCCACUAGAGGGUCAGAGGGAACUGACAUCAAGUUUGCUACCUGUAGAAGGAAGGGAGUGAGUACAGUGUCUUCACAUGAGCACAUGUCUCUCUUCAAGUGUCCCUUGGGUUGGUACCAAGCUGGGCAUCCCCUCAAGGUCUCCCAAGGUAGGUCCUGACUAGUGGCCACUGACUGCCGCCUCUGUGCCUUGCUCAGGAAUCUUGGCUCUGCAGUGUCCAUCCCUAGUCUUUAUCUCUUGGACUUUUCAGUUUUCUACUUAAUACUGUCCCGGAAGACCUCGUUGAUCGGUGGGCAAAGGGAGGGAGCGUGGCCUUUCCUUGCUCCCACACAGUGCCAGUCAGGGAUUGCCUGGCUCAGGGAAUAGUGUCUCCAGGUGGGGUCGUGGUAAAAACAAAUGGUGGCUAAGAUCAGGGCUGUCACCCCUGGACACGUGGUGUCUGAGUACCCUGACCUCAAAGGGAGGCGGCCCAGAUAUGUUCCCAUUACCAGGGUCUAGGCCGGCAGAUAACAGUGAGACGUGCGAAGCUCCUGUAGGGCAGGGGCUCAUUUUUCCCACAGCCCGAGCCACAUGAGUGAGUCCCAGGAAGGACAAAGGCCCACCUCCUUUCUGCCUCUCUAGGUGCCCUUUGAAUAAACUGCAGAGGCCCCUGUUCUGCGGGUUAGUGGCGUUGAUGGUCUGUGUGCCAUCUGAGGUGAAGCCUGCCCUGUCCCCGUGUGUUAAAACCCGUGAACUCUGAGACUGCUUCAGCCUGAUUGUUCCCUUAUCCUUUUCCCACUUUAGACAGUCAGUCCUUUCACUUCGGGGUUAAGUCCUCUUUUGUUCUUUACUUUUUGUCAAAGGUGUCGGGUGACCACAUACUCGCCCUCCUGCUCCUCCCCUUCCCACUGGCCCCUUGCUCUCCUGCACACUCCCGUGACUGCUCUCUGCUCUCUGGAGCCUGGCCUGUCCCCCCCACCCCCACAAGCUUUGCCUGUUCUCCUGCCCUGUGCGCUCACCGUCCGUCCGGCCUGCUCGGCCUGCCCCUGCCAGGCUGGUGGCUUCCUCCCAGGGCUCUGCCCUCCGUCCUGCCUCUCUCCACCUUCCCGUGAGGCUGCCCCUCCGAGGUGGUGGACCUGAUCAGGGCUCCCCCUUGCUCCCUCACGCUCCAUGGCGCUCCAGCUCGGGGCUCCUGGCUGUGCCCGCUGAGUGGGGCAGGACCUGGGAAUGAGUGGCGGGUGAGUAGCGUGUCCUUUAGUCAGUGUUUUUGCCACUGUGAUGAAAGGACCCGACCAGGACAGCUGUAGAGGAGCAAAGGUGUAUUUGGGGCUCAGGGUUUCAGAGGUGUUAGUCCACGGCAGGCCGGCUCCAUUCCUGGUGCUCCAUUCGAGGUGAGGAGUGUGGCAGAGGAAAGCGGCUCACAUGUUGAUCAGUCAGCGGAGCCUCCAUUGGCCAGAUACAGAUACACCCCGGGGCCACGCCUGCCGCUUCAGACCCCUCAGGUAAUCCAGGGGGUUGAUUCACUGAUUGGGUGGAGACUCACAGCCCAUCAUUUCUCUGAAUCUUCUUGAACUGUCUCACAUGUGAGCUUUUGAGGGACACCUCACAUCCAAACCGUAACAUGUAAAUGACCCCAGAGGGGACAUGAAGGACAUUCUGCCUCUUUCCUGUCAGGAAUAGAUCCCAGAGCAGGCUCCUGUCCCUCCCUUGUGCUCUCCUGGAGCUGGGCCUGGCCCAAGUCAGCGAUUUCUAAGCUCACACAGAGGAGCCCCCUGCUGGAGAAAGCGUGCAUUGGAGAGCCCGGGUGUGGCCACUUUAAAUUGCCACUUCCCAUAACCCUGCUUGGGUGGUGCCCACCCUCUUCCCUGUAGAGUCAGUGCCAGGCAGAUGUCAGCUUACCCCAUAAAUGCCUAUAGAAAAUGGAUUGAAUCACACUCCAGCUCCUCAGUUUCUGUCCCUUUACCCAUUUCCUCUGGUCCCCCACCUAGUUUCCUCUCCUCUGGUCCUCAGAGGCCUAUUUGUUGUGUGACUCCUCCUUUUCUGUCUUGCACCUCAAGGCAGGGAGGGUGGAGAGCCCUUCUCUCGGUCCAUCCCUUUUUCCCUCCCUCUUCCUAUGGCCUUGGUAAUGGCUUGAAUUUGACACUCCCGCCUCAGCCUCAGUAGCUGGGUUUACAAAUUCAUUCUUGAUUUUAUUAAACUUUUGGGGAUCUCAUCUGGGGUGGACCCAACUUUUCUCAGGAAAGAGACCUGAGAUUUACCGUUGGUCUCUGAGUCUUAGAGGUAAAGGGACUUUUUCAUUAGAGUUUUCAGGUUCUCUUUGAUUCCUUUUCUGUCCUAUUCUCAAGGGCCCAAUGUGUCUUAUAAAUACUCAGUAGAUAAUCCUCAAGAUUACUUCUUGUCUUUCCUGUUCGAAUUUGGAACCAGCUGUGCCUCACUACAUGUAUGAAGGUCUGGACACAAGUGUCUGCUGGAAAGGUCGUACAGUACUUUGUGGUUCUGUAACUGAACACAGCGGUUUGCCCCUUGGCGAGUGCAAAGCCAGUAACAUAACCAGGGCAUAAAAAGUGGGAAGAGGUUUACUUUUGUUAAGAAAAGAGCAGCAGGAAUGAAUCCUAAAGUCGUGUCUCCCUGGCGAGGGGAUUUUGUCAGGGAGACUUACAAAAACUCAUACUAGAGACGUUGUACUCACCUGCAGAGGCAGCACCUUCCUGAGCAUCCUCAGUUUGAGAUCAUGCUUUUAUUAUCAGAGAUGGUGGCCUGAAUGCCACUGAGGAGGAAAACACACAGCAUUAUAGGGACAUUAUAAUGAGCAGAGUUUACUCUGUGUCACCUAGUGGAGGGACUGGGUGGCUUUGGCUAGUUUAAACCACUUCCUGGUGUUUUUUCCCUAGAGGGUCUUAUCUGAAACUAAAUAACAACUUGAAGGGACUCAGCAGUCCCUUCAAGUAUCUUCUUUCCCUACAAGCGCAGAUGGUUGCCCCUAAAAGUUCCUACUUAGUAGCAAACAAUACCAAACCAAAAAACUGAAGAAUUAUUAAGUACUUCCAGUGCAUCCCCCUUGGAAGUCACGUCACGGUGUGAAGAGUAUCCGUCAGCUUCACUACUUAGCAUAGUAGGUGGUACACAGUAGGCACUGUCGACAAGUGAGUCAGUGGAUGGUGUUCAGGACAUUGUGAGCGCUGGUAGACUGUUCUGGGUAGGGCAGUGUGAAGGUGUAACUUCACACUGAAAUAUCCUAAGAGAAGUAGACUGAGUGGCCAGGGAACAGAGGAUGUCAGUAUGAAAGUAAGUCUCGUGUGUAAAAUCCUCACACUCCUCUCCUGCUCUGGCUGUUGGGUGACACAACUGUGCUUCCUGUGCAGCGAAGGGCGGCAACUAAAUACAUCCUCUAGACUUUCUUAUGAGAUGCUGGAGAGAAAAAGAAAACACAAAAAUAUAGUACACGGUAAAGAUGUUAUUUCAGUAAGUAUAAAAUGGAUGAAAUAUUCAUAAAGAUUGUCAGGAUAAGCUCUUUAAAAAAAGGUCUGAUUCUAGCCUCAUGUGCCAAGAUCAAUUAUAUAUGGAUUAAAUAUUUAAAUGUAAGAAAACCUAUAAGGGGUGAAUACCACAGCAUGGUCAUAUUUAAUAAUAUAAUUGGAAAGGUUUUUCGUUUUUAGAGCAUAACCUCAAAGCCGGAUAUUACAAAUGAGAACAGAAAAUUCAUACAAAUAAAUAUUAAAACCUAGUGAAUUCCAAAGAAAUUUCAAAGGCAAGGAUAAAUCAGGGAAAGUAUUUUUUUAAAUAUUUUAUUAGUUGCUGAUGGAUAUUUAUUUAUUUAUUUACUUAUUUAUUUAUGUAUAUGUGGUGCUGAGGAUCGAGCCCAGUGCCUCACACAUGCCAGGCAAGUGCUGUACCCCUGAGCCACAACCCCAGUCUCUCGGGAAAGUAUUUGUACAUGUGACAAAGAAUGAGUGUUAUAAAUGUAUAAUGGGCUAUUAUAAAUUAGGGGGAUAAAAUAAUAUUUCUGUAGUGAGAAGACGAUAGGACACAAACAAAUAAUUCACAGAAAAAGAGUUCAACUUGUUAAACACAAGAUGUGCAAAUAAAAUCAAGUUUUUUUUUUGUUUUGUUGUUUUGUUUUGUUUUUGUUCUAGUACUGGGGAUUGAACCCAGGGGCCUUGUGUAUGCCAGGAAAGUGCUCUACCAGUAGUCUCCAUCUCAGCCCCAAGACGUUCUUUACCUAUCAAACUGGCAGACUGUGUGGAGCUGGCAUUACUGAGCCCGUUCUGUACUUGGCACUGUUGCUCGUGUUUCCAUUUUAAGAGUCAACACUACUCACACAGAAGUAAAAAUUCUUUGAAGCGUGUGUUUCAUGUUUGUUGACUUUAUUCUGUGGAAGGCACACCUUUAUUAAAAAAUUGUUUUCAUGGGCCGUUUCCCUCAGUCUGUGGAAAGUAAAUCUCUUGUUCUUUGGUUUGUCCAGCCUGCAGCUUGCUCUGAUAGGAGACAAUGGCAGCCAUUCCAAUAGUUCUCUUCCUACAAAGGUGAAUGAAACUUUCUCUUCCCACUUGUGAAGCACCUACUGCCUUUCAGAAGUUCCCUGACAACCAUAAAUCAGGAAAUUAGACUGAAUGGUCUUGGAUGUGAAUUCUAAAUGAAUAUCCCAAGCAGUGAUAUUUUAAUUGUGUAUAAAAUAUGGUACUUAAUUAAAAAAAAAAAAGCUAUGUUGCAAAGUAUUGUGUGUUAUUGUGUCCAUUAAUGUGGUAAGAAUUCAUGUAUUUCCCUCUGCCUAGCAAGUGCCUUUCACUUGUUUGGAAUAUACAGUAAGUGUACAUUAAAUGAUUUUUUUCCUUCUCUUUACACAAAUAAAGUAAUUCAGCUUAAA